AGUUUUUAUGAGUGCAGGUAGAUCAUAAACAGGACGUUCAACAUGUGAAGCAGAAAACUUCAACAUUUACCCGCACACAGACAACAGAACAGACAGACAGGUGAACAGGUACACAGGUAAACAGUCAGAGAGGUAAACAGGUACACAGAAAUCAGGUGAAAAGACAGACACAGGUAAGGAGGGCAGAACGACAGGUGAACAGCAGGAAUCUCAGGUGUUCGCCGUCACUGAGGAGCUCAAACAAAAUGACUCCUCCUCCAUUUCCUGUCCCUAAGCCUCGAGCUCGUUACAUGAGGGAGAGUCUUGGCUCCGCCUCCUCUUCGGACAGAGAUGUGAUUGGUGAAACUCUACAACCGGUUUGCUCAAAUUGGGUUCACCUGAGCACAGGUGAAGGUGCUCCUCCACUUCCUCCUCUCGGUGGGUUGGACCACGGAGCCGUCUUCCCGUCAUUGGCCGGCGUUACUGACGUCAUCGGCACCAGUAUCCCGUCAUUGGCUGGAUUUGCUGCCUCCAUUGGAGGACACAUCCCCACCCCGCCCUCGCCCCCCCUCUCCGUAGACAGCAUGGCUGACAGCAUCGCCACCUGCAUACCUAGCUUAGCAGGAACUGCUAGCGCUGUGGCUAAUCCUGCUGCUGCCUCCACCACUGCACCUGUACUUGCUGCUAGCACUGUUAGCUUUGAUAGCAUCAUUAGCUCAUUAGCUAAAAUACCUAGUUUAGCGGGAAUUGCUAGCAUUGUGGCUAAUUCUACUGUCAGCUCCACGACCGAUACACCCGACCCCCCCUCACUGCCGAGGGGCGGAGCCGCUCACACAGAUGUUGGAGCGUUGUCACAGCUGGUGAUGUCAUCUUUCGACCCGAAUGCAGGAGUCACAUUAUCUCCAAUAGAGGGCACUGCUGAGCCGACGGAUGACGUUUGUAAACAGUCUGCUCACACCAUCAAAGAAGAAACCCCGUACGUCACCGUGUUGGCUUCCUGGGCGAGCCAAGACGAAGCAGACACCGACUCAUCAAAUGAGGAGGAGGAUACGGGAGGUAGCCAUGCCCCCUCUGGAGCCGAUGGACUAAUGGAAGGAGACCCGUCUUCAAAUACCAAAGAACUCCCGUCGAGUCCUUCAGGUCCUCUGGUACCCACGAGGCCACCCCCGCCCCCUCCUCAUCCUGCUGGCCAAUCAGGAAAGCAUUUGAAACCGAAGACUCCAAGAGGGGCCACGAUUCGAGUGUCCAGGAAGAAGGGGGGCAGCGGGAGUUCAGCUCAUCAGAGUGCCGUGGUCCGAACCAGCUGGCUGGAUGUCUGGAAGGGCUUCAGACACAAUGUUUUAUGGGCGACGUUGGAUGGACAGCUGAUGUCUCUGUGGAAGAAACGAACAGACCGGUUCAGUGAGGUCCUCUUUCACGUCUCCAGCAUCACCAACGUGAAGAAACAGGACAAAGGCCGAUUCUCAGUUUACUUCAAGAAGAAGCAUUAUGACUUCAUGGCUCAUAAUGAGAAUGUUCAAAUAGGUUGGGUCACGUCUCUGCUGGCGACUCGAGGCCAGCCAAGCCCCUCCCCCCCGGACCUCCACGGACCAAUCACCAUCAGGGACCCUCGGAGCCGAGCCUACGCCGCCGUCUGGGGUCACGAUCUCUGGAUGUACCCCAACAAGGAGGGCUUCACUCUGGGCAUUGCCUCGUUCUCCGUCCCCCUGAACGUGGCCACGGUGAAACCUACGGGAAGACACUCGUUUACCCUCAUCACUCCAUACAAGAGCUUCAACCUGUCUGUUGAUUCGUCGAAGGAGCUGUCCAUAUGGUUGGACGGCCUGUCCUCCGUCAUUCUUAGCGCUCUAUCCAGCAGCCAGGUGGCGCUGCGUCUCUGGGAAAACCCCGACAACAAAGUGUGCGGGGACUGCGGCUCAGCCAAUCCUGAGUGGGCGUCGGUCAACCUGCUGCUGGUCAUCUGUCAUACCUGUGCAGGUCAGCAUCGAGCUCUGGGAAGCAACCUGUCGAAGGUACGCAGUCUGAAGAUGGACAACAAGGUCUGGACUGAACCACUUAUACAGCUGUUUGUUACCUAUGGUAACCGGCUGGCCAAUCAGGUGUGGGCUCCAGUGGUGCCGGCGGUGGAGCAGCUGAGUCCGGGGUCGUCUGACAUAGAGAGGUCUAAGUUCAUCCAGGAUAAAUACAGCAGAGGCUGCUACAGACGAGUCCACGCUCUGACCUCCUCACCCUCUCUGAUGGAUCAGAGGCUGCGUCAGGUGGUUUGUGGCGACGACAUAGAAGAAACGAUGUCUCUGAUCUGCUCAGGAGCAAAGGUGUGUCAGUCAGACCCUCAGAUCCCCUCCCCCAUCAUGAUGGCUGAGAGGGCCGGUCAGGGUCUGCAGACCGAGCUGCUCCGCCUCAAUGAGUACACAGACGUUCCAUCUUACCUGCCUCAGAGACCUGACUCCGCCCGCACAGUUGAGGAAGAGGAGGAGCUUCACGGUAAACUGGAGGAAGAUCGUUUUCUCUUCUCGUUAGAAAACGACUCGGCAGCGUGUGACGUUCUUGAUUUGAGAGAAAUUCUGUCUGUGUUCCUCAAAGACGGACCGGCUCAUCAGUUUGAGAUGGUGACUCUGAGCGGUCAGCUGAUCUGUGCUGCUGACAACGAAGAGGCGCUGCUGAGUCACCUGGUUCACAUCCUGAAGGUGAUUCUCCCAGGGGGGGUGUCUUAUGCAGAGGUGGGUGGAGCUUCUGCAGUCAGUAAAGUGCAUGUAGUUAAUGUGGGCGGAGCCUUGAGUCAUUGUGAUGCCUGGUUGUUGCUGUUGGAGGAUGGAGUCAGUCUUCAUCCCGUCCACAGACACACACAGAAGGCUGUGAGGAUGGAUCUAGACAUGCUCAGUCAUCAUGUAAUGGAUCCAACUGAAAAUGUCAUCACCAUAGUGACGGCAGACAGGAGUUUGUCGCUGAGGUUCGAGGAGCAGCUCAGCUGUCGUUCCUGGUUCAGCCACCUGCAGAGAGCUCUGAACAAUCGGAGAGAAGCUCCACGGCGUCCUCCGGCAGCCAAUCAGAGCUCAGCACGUCAGUAUCUGUACCCGGUGAUGGACAUGGGCUCGAGGGGCUCGGUGCCUCCGGCUGUCGAACGCUGCAUCUCCCACAUCACGACCUUCGGUCUGAAGGUUCACGGCGUGUACCGCCGCUGUGGCCUCGCAACCAAAGUCACCCGAUUGGUGGAGGCUCUGACGACAUCACCUAACUCCGCCCCUCUGGAGAGUGAUGAGCAGGGUGUUCUAGAUGCUGGCUCCGCCCUCAAACAAUAUGUCCGCCAGCAGGAGAGUUUGAUCCCGGACAGAGACAGACAGCAGUGGACCCACGCUGCAAUGAAUGCAGACGAACGCUCCAGGUUUUCAGCCUACCGACGGUUGCUACAGCAACUGCCCGACGACAACCGAGCAACACUGAACGCACUGUUUGGACACUUCUACAUUGUCCAGGUGUUCUCUCAGGUCAACAGGAUGUCGGCUCAGAACCUGGCUCUGGUUCUGGUCCCGACUCUGUUUCAGACUCUGAACCAGGAUCUGCUGAGACUUACCAGAGAGUUCAUCAUUCACCACACGCUGCUGUUUCUGACGCCUGAGAGAGAGGAGGAAGAACAGAUCACUGUCUUCUGAAGACCAAGAAGACAAAGACGUCUUUGAGUCCUGACAGUUGGUCUGAGAUCAGACGUCAGGUUAAAAACAUUGUUUACUCUUUUAUUGAACCUUCAGUUGUUUGUUAAAUGGUGAAAUAUUGACUGUUCAUUUGGUUCACAGGUUAUUGAUCAUGUUAAAUAUAAAGUGUGGAACUUCACCGUUUUCUCUCUUAGAACAAAGUCACAUCGUCUUCAUAGAAAUUCAUAUUACGUCGCAUAGAAAGAUCUCAUAUUUCAUCAUCUACAGUUUUAUUCCGUUGAAGUAUACCUUCAUUUAUUUUAAAAGCUAAACAGGAAGUAGUUCUCAGGCUCCUAAACCAAGUUGCUGGUUUGAUUCCCAGUGAACCGGUCUGCCUCAGUGCCUUUGAACAGCUGAUCUCUGAUGUGUGUUUACUUCAUAAAGACUGUGACAUCAAGCGUCUGUUUUAUUAAAACAUUUCAUUCACCAACAUUUAAAGUCAUUAAAUGCCACCCAAAACUCAUACAGACAACAAUAGACGGUCCACAGUGCACAACAGACAAAACAUAUUACAAAGAAUAAAUAGAGCCAGAAAAUGCCAUAUGAAACAUAAAAACAUAAGGUGUUCAUUAAAGAAUCGGACUGCUGCUGUAACGAAAGACCGUCUGGGAAGUUCAGUAGAACACUGAGGCGUCCUGAGUCUCUCACUGAAUGAGCUUCCGAGUCCAUUGAAGACACCGUGUAGUGGACGGUCUUCAAACAAGACAAUCGUUUUUAACUUGGCCCUUGUCCGCUUUUCUACAGUGACCUCUAGUGAGUCUGGAGUAAGGCCAACCACUGAGCCAGCCUCUCUGAUCAUCUUAUUGAUCCUGUUUUUUUCCUUCUAAAAUCAAUAACCAACUCUUUGGUCUUUCCAACAUUUAGUUUAAUAAAAAAAAAAAAAAAGAAAAAAAAAAAAAAAAAAAAAUUAUGAUCACACCAGCUGACAAAAGAUUCAACCUCCGGUUUAUAGGCCAGGUCGUUGCCCGGGUAAGUAGACCAACCAGAGCAGUGUCAUGCGAGUGUCUGGAUGUUACAGCACACAUGGCUCUGCCUGUAGUCAGCUGUAUGAAGUGAGAAUAAAAAGGGAUUAAACUGUUCCCUGUGGUGCUCCAGUUUUAGUUAAGAUAGUGUCAGACAGCUUAUCAAGCCUGACAAACUGGUCGAGACAAAAGGUAAUCCAAGACCCAAGCAAUAUGUCACGGGGCAUGGUGGAGGACUCAAAUGCAGGACAGACGCAGGAAGCAUGUAUUUAAUGAAAUUAAAUUAACACAGGAAACUUACAGGACACAACGGGGAUCCACGGACAAGAGACGAGACGGAAAUCCAGCAGAACGAGGCAGACGGGAAACCGGGAACAAGACGAGCCAACCGGGCGGGUAGACAUGACAAUGAUCUGUCACUGUCAGUUUAAAUAGUGAUGCAGUGGAGCGAGCAGGUGAGAGAAAUGAACUGACGAGGUGGGAGUGACUGGCAGGUGCGCUGAAUAAACUGAUUAGGUGAGUGAUGGAAAAAACAGGAUAAUGGUGUCAGAUAAACUGAAGUAUGUAUCUCCCUUUUUUUUUUUUUUUUAUUAAACUAUUUGAUUUUAAGCAGUGAGGUUUUGAUGAUUAAUUUAAGGUUUAUUUUGUUGGGAACGAAAAGGAGCGUGUUGGAGUUAUCAGCAUUUAAGAAAACUAAUUGUUAGUAAGAUUAUUGAUUAUUAAUAAUAAUGGGGCUCCACCCUGAGAACAGGGACCAAUAACCAAACUAUAGACUAAGUCUCAUAAUUAGUAUUCACUCACAAUGUGAACAGUCUGAGUACUGUUACACAUCCAGAGUGAAUGUGAAGGUUUAAGUUCGAGCACAGGCCACAUAUCAGCUGUUAU